AGAUAAUUAACCUACGCCUUCUACCACUAAAAAAGAAGUGAAGAUGAUUAUCAUCAUUAUGAAAUCUGGCAAAGCAUAAGAAUGAUUUCCAAAAUAUUUACACGGCACGCAAGACGGUAAGUGUGUGGCUGAAUGUCAAAAAGACAAAGAUUAACGUUAUCUAAGUGCAACUUGAUCCUGUUAAGACCGAUCGCGAGACGCAAGAAAGAUGCAUUUCUCACACGGGCGACGCUUUCUAGGCGACAAGAAACGCGAGGAUUCCUGUGCUUCUUCGUAUUUUCGUGUCUUUGGGGUAGUUGUUCUUGUUUACUUGUGUUUAUUGCUGGACCUUGAGUUGAUUGCUUCGGGACUAAAGUGGUCUGGCGCUGCUCCUAGUGGACAAGGGAACUAUUUGUGGCCGCGGAACAGCUAUGCCGGAUCAUCUAACACUCCGCAACCACCUAUCACAGGGGAGCUAAAUCUUGCCAUCACCAUCAAGGCUGUUGUCAACGCGCGGCCGACAGCUACAGCUGGUGCAGUUGGCGGUGCUGCACAUCAGGGUGCUACGGCAGUAGGAACUGGAGGUACAAUCGGUGAGGGAUCGGGUGCUGCGGUAGGCGCGCGUCCCGCCCAUCGUGACUCUGUUAUUCUUCCGAUUACGACAUCGGCGUGACCAGGCGAGCCGAUACCACAGUCUACACAAAUCCGCGAGCUUGAUUUGCUCCUCCAUAAUGAUAGAACGGCAAAACAAGAGACCGGAAUUACUGCAAACAAGAGCUGGAGUUACACAGGCACUGGCCAGGCUACAACUUCAGAAGGAGGUGUGAAGUUUGUAAAAUUCGCCUGGCCCUCUGCUGAUAGUAUCUCGUAUAAGCUAUAUCGAAUUGCGAGCUUCGAGAAGUUCUGCACUCCUUGCCCGAGAGUCUGGC